GACCCUCUUCACGACAACACUGCACACUAGUGAGGAGACUGAUAUUCUUCUCCACGGAGUCAGCUCAGACAUGAUGACCCAGAUACUGGAUUAUGUUUAUUUUCGCGAGUUGGACAUCCGCUCCGACAACGCGCGUCAGCUGCUCGUGACGGCUGAUUACUUGUUUAUUCCGGACCUUCGUAAACUCUGCUACGACUACCUCAAGGUCGCGAUGGACGUCUACAACUGUAUCGGCAUCUUGAGUGUCGCAAGGUCUCACUCCUGCGCCGACCUCGAGGCUCACGCUCGUCGCCUCGUUCUGCGCCACUUCGGUGAACUGUAUCAGCAGAGCGAAGAACUGCUGGAACUGGAUGUAGAGGAGCUGCAAGCGAUAAUCCGGUCAGACAAACUGAACGUGAAGGACGAGAAAGUUGUGUGGGAGUGCAUCCUCCGGUGGCUCAACCACGACCCGGACAACAGGAAAGAUCAGAUCACGGGCCUUUUGAAGUGCGUCAGACUGGGACUAUUUGACGCAAAGUACAUCCUGAAGGAGGUUUUAUAUCACCCGUACGUGAAGGAGAACGAGGAGUGCAGACCCGUGAUCUUGGAGACGCUCGAGUUUUUGUACGCCUCACAAAUGAUGACGAAGGAAUACAAGGAAAUCGUGACACCAGGGAUUGCCCGCCCGCGAAUCCCACAGGACAUUCUUUUUGCUAUUGGUGGGGUUCGUGACAGAAGGGUGUCAGAUGUGAUCGAAGCCUACGUUGCACGAGCAGACCGGUGGAGUGUGGUGGAAGGGGUUGACUCGAUCGGUCCGCGAGCCUGCCAUGGCACGACAGUAAUCGGUUUCGACGUUUACGUAAUCGGUGGUACCGACGACGGCUUUGAUGGUUUAAGGUCAUGCCGCUGCUUUAACUCAUUUACGAAGACAUGCCGCGAGGUGGCGCCUAUGAAUGCCCCAAGAGCCAGGUUAAUGGUGGCAGUUCUGCGAGGUGUGGUGUACGCCAUGGGAGGUUACGAAGAUCAUGUGGCUCAGAGAACGGCUGAAAGUUACGACAGCAAGACAAACCAGUGGUCGUGGAUCGCUCCCAUGAACUCAAAGCGAUCCAAUGCAGGUGUAGCUGUGCGGAAUG